UACUGAGUUGGCCGGAUUAGGAGUAUGGCUGAUCCUGGCCCCUUGAGACAUAGGAGUAAAGCAAAAAUGCUUAAAAAGCAGUAAUUGGACCUUGGCAGUGCCUCACAGAAUGGAUAGCAUUUUUAGGAGUUUGUCUUAAUCUUGAUGCCUUUGGGUACUUGCCCAGAACACAAGGACUUGAUACAUCAAUACCCUGAUGGGAGGCCAAGGAAAGAGAAGUGACUGCCUACAGCUUUGAAGGCCAGCAGUGGGAGACAGGUCAGGGUUGACUUCUGCAGUCUUAGAAGCUGCAGGAUAAGAGUCAAGCCAGGAUCCAGGGGCAUGUACCAGGUUUGGAGACUACACAUGGGAUCAUUCCAGGCAGUACUGUGGGCUAAUCCCAAGGCAUCACCCAGCCAUAAUUGCUAGAAAAAGACUGAAAAGAGCAGGGCAGUAUAUCUUCUAAGACAGUCUCUGUUAAGCACCCUGACCAGAAAUAAGAGGAAGAAACAAGAAAAUACCUCAGACCCUGAGGGAGAAAAUGAAACGAUUGUUGCAAGAGUCAGAGGAAGAAAUCAUGGUCACCUUGGGACCCUCCUCCAGGCUUUCCCCAGAUAAGGCUAAGUCAGAGACUGUGUGUGGCAUCAAGAGCAAGUCCUCAGGCCCUAUUGAAUCCUUACCAGAGGAUAGCUCCCUGCUCCCUCACUGUGGGUCAACAGCCUCAGUCAUUGGUGGGGAUAGAGAUGGGGGUCUGGCCCAGCAUUGCAGCUUUGAGCAACAGGCCGGCAGCCAUUUUCCUCUGGGCUCUACUGUCUGUGCUUCGGGAUCUGGCUCUCAGGACCUCUCCUCUGUCAGCAUUAGCACAAGCUGUCAAGAGCCCUCAGAAAGGAAUCAAGCCAAGUCCCUUUUGUCUAGAGGCUAUCACCAAGGCUGCAGCUGUGAACAGCGAGAGCCUUUGGGGGAUGUAGUAGACUAUAUAAUCAGAGAGCUACAAGGCAUCAGCCGUCUCCAAACUGAAAUUGCUGAGCUGCAGCAGCACUUGAGCCAAGUCCGGGGUUCAGUGGAUGAAGUGUCUAGCUGUGUAGACUCAGUUCUGAGUGAAAUAGAAGGCUUGCAGGUGGGCAGCAGCUCACUGGCCAAGGUGUGUGGGGGGGAAAUGGCCCAGGAACCCCAUGUGGACAGCCCCGGUGAGGACGCCAUUCUGUAUCUGUAUGGACUUCCUGAGCAAGAUGGGGAAAAUACCGUGGAGCUGGUACACAGCUUUCUGGCCAUGCACCUCUGUGUUAACGGCAUGCAGUGCAACAGGUACAUCAAAGAGGCUUACAGGGCAGGCAAAGCCCCAGCCCCCAGGCCUACUGUUGUGAAACUUGCCCGUCUAGAGCAUAGGGACUUCAUCUUGCAGAAAUCCAUCCUUUUGCAGAGUGUAGGGGUCCGGAUUGCCACCAAAGAAGAACCAAGCUGGCCACAGCGCUGUAAGAAUCCCCAGAAGGAGUCUCUAUCGUUUUUGCAACUUCAGGAUCAUAAUGCAAAUUCUUUAAACCAGCAUGAACCACUUUUUCAGAUGGAAACAGGGGACCCAGGAGCGUGUCAAAUGAGGGCUCAGAAUCAACACAAAGAACCUCAAACUCCUAAGCAGCAAGGCCUUUGCUUUCCACCCAAGAAUAAUUUCACAAAGCCAAGCGAUAUAUCUAAGCCAGGAAAUGAAGUAAAAGGAACAUCAGGAGCCUCCCAAGUUAUCAGUGGCAGUUGUGGUGAGCUGACAGGGAGAGAAGCUUCUCUGUCCACCUUUCAUCAAUUUGAGGAACCUUCCCCAGUGUUAAUCCCAGAAGAGGAGGGCUCUGGGAAAUCCCAGGUUUUCAAACAGUCCAGCCAAGGAUUUGAAACAAAAAGAGCAAAUAACUGCGGCAAUAAAAGUGAGGCGGGCAGCUGCCUGUCACUGUCUGGGUUACUGAAGACAGAAGACAACCUCCUGGCCUGUGAAGCUGGGCUUGGUAUUCUGAGCUCAAAACAGCUAGAGGACCUUUUGACAGACAAGUCCAAAAGGUUUGCAACUCUGAGCCAUGACCACAUGAUGGAAGAAAUUAUUGUAGGGCCUGAGACCUUCAGUGACAUGGUUCAUAUUGACUUGAAUGAAGAGGAGGAACAUGCUUCUCGGGUCCUUAAAGAUGUCUUUGAAAAGUCAUCUUGUGGUCUGGUUGGCUUGCAGGAGGAUGAAGAUGUAGAAAUUAAGUUUUACAAAAGCAGACUGGGCAGAGCAAUUGACCACUUUCGUUCAGCUCUGCAGGGCGUGUUUCAGAAGCUGGAGAAUAGUGGGUCCAUCAGUCCUGAGGACCUGGAAAGCAAUGAGAGUGGUUCUCAGUCAGAGAACAGUGAUAGACUUCUUGGGACAUUGAGUUCAGAGGGUGCCCAAGAUUUCUCUGUGGAGAGCCCUGGGAGUCAGGAGAGUGAGAGCUUGCUCAGUGUGGUCUCUGGUGGAGUGGGCAUCUCUACACAGAGAGACCAAACCUUUCAGGAUCCCAGCAACUUCUCUCUUGCUUCUAACUCUUUGCCUAUUGCAUAUUCAUUGCCAGGUUUUGCUUUGGCUCCGUUUCUGGGAGGUGAAACAUGUUCCAGGCCCGAAUCUCUCAAGCAGGGCAGACUAAGCCUAGAGCAAGUGUGUGCAGAGACCAUCUACCUCAACAAGUGCAUCAACAAUUUUAAAAAUGUUCUGAGAGAGAAAAGACUGAGGCAGAAAAAACUUUUGCAUGAGCUAGUACAGAAGGCAAACCAUGUCUCGGUAGAAGACAUACACUCAG